UGCGCGGGCCCGCCGAGUGCAUGGUGCCGGGCACCCGGGCUGCCUGUCGGGAGGACCUCGGGGAGGGGUCGGGCUGAGACCGGCGCCUCCGGCUUCACCCCGGGUUAGCCUCGCCCAGACAUCGCCCCGCCGGGAUUGCCACGGGGGUUGCGUGGCUCCGCCCGCCAUGUCCCGGCUGCUGCCGCUGCUGGUGAGCCGGACCGGGCGCAGCCUGAGGCCGCGUCCCGCCGUCGCCGCCGCCGCCCCGCCCCGCCCGCCGUCCUGGUGCUGCUGCCGGCGGGGGCUGCUGGCGCUUGUGGCCCCUGGAGGGCCCCGGCGGCUGGGCACGCACCCCAAGAAAGAGCCCAUGGAGGCGCCGGGCGCGCACGACUUCAUCUACAGCCUGCAGUCCACCGAGAGGAGCUGCCUGCUCAAGGAGCUGCACCACUUCGAGUCCAUUGCCAUCGCCCAAGAAAAAUUGGAAGCUCAACCUCCCACCCCAGGCCAGCUGAGAUAUGUAUUCAUCCACAAUGCGAUACCUUUGGUAGGGUUUGGCUUUUUGGAUAAUGCAAUUAUGAUUGUCGCAGGAACACAUAUCGAGUUGUCUAUUGGAAUUAUUUUUGGAAUUUCAACAAUGGCAGCUGCUGCUUUGGGGUAUGUUGUGUCAGAUUUAGCUGGACUUGGACUUGCAGGUUACGUUGAAGCUUUGGCUUCCAGGUUAGGCCUGUCAAUUCCUGAUCUUACACCAAAGCAAGUUGACAUGUGGCAAACACGUGUUAGCACACAUUUGGGCAAAGCUGUCGGGGUGACGAUUGGCUGCAUUCUAGGAAUGUUUCCUUUGAUUUUCUUUGGAGCUGGUGAAGAAGAUGAAAAACUGGAAAAGAAAAAUUAACCCUCUUAGACUACAUAUAAAAACAUGUAAACUAAUGUACCUCAGUUAUGAAAUAUGCUGUCACA